UCUUUUUGUACUCUUUAGAUUAAUUUUACUCUACUGUUAUUCAGUAUUGGUUUUGUCUCUUUAAACGAAGUGUUUUCAUCUCAUAUUUUUACUAAAUCAAAGUCUUUUAAAUCAACAUUUGGAAAAUCAAGUAACUUCAUUAAAUUUUAUCGAAACCGAUUUCUCUGGCCAUGGAACGAGAAGAACUGGCUCUAUUUCCUGAUGGAGUUCCUGCUGAAUGGUGCUGUCCUAUUAAUCGUGCUUACGUUGUGUUGAAAAAAAUAACUGGUGGCGAAUUUUACUGGAAAAAGGCUGAUUCACUUCGCUUGAAGACCUCGGAUGAUAUUUUUCGCUGUUUCAAGAGAAAGGAACCUGUUGAUGACAGCGAUGCGUUUGUCUCAAUGAUUUUAUCUUAUGGAGACUUUGACAUGUGCAAUAAUAUUCUGGAAAAACUAAAACGAUUUCGUGAGGAAAUUUCCGGGUCAACUAAUGAGAGUCCAUCAGAAGGUUACAUCGAGGAAGAGCCUGGUAUGGACUUGAUAAUGUCUAAGAGUGAAGAAUUUGUAGGACAUCUUCAGGCCUCAAUCAACGCAUUGGAAAAGAAUUUUGAAAAGAUACAACGUGAAAUUGAUGAAAUGAAAAAAAUAAUGGCAGAAAAUACCAAGGAAAUUCUCAAUUUUCAAGCUAGAAAAGAUGAAUCAGAGUAUGACCAACCAAUGGAUCAAGAUUCUGAUGGUCAAGUAUAUCCUCAACAGGCAUUCGAUUCACACUCUGUUACAAAUGUACAAGGUGAUAAUAGCUCUGUGAACGAGAAUAACAACUCAUCAACGGCAAACGACCAAAAUGUUUCUGAUCUAAUACAAGCUGAAAAAUCUAAUUCAACAAAAAAUAGCCCAGGUAAUCCCAGGCCAAAGAGGAAGAAGAUUUAUGGAGAUAAACAGCUACUGAAUUUCCUUACAACCGCCCUUGACAAAGCGCAAACAAAGUGGGAAGAGCAUCCUGAACAAUUGAAACUUACGGGUACCAAAUCAGAGGAGAUUAAGACAUUAUUAACUUCGCCACAACGAGAUAUAUGUGAAUUUAUGAAUCAAAUCGCAGAAAUUAUUUACUCGGAAGACUCAUUUCUCAAUAUCAAUGAACCUGGAAAAGUGAUAUUAAAUUCAGAGGGUAAAGCUAAAGUAAAAAGAAUUUUUUCGUUAAUCAACAACAGAACAAUUAAGGAUAAUUUCGAAAAAAUGGUGGAAAUAAUAAGUUCUCACGGAGGCCAGUUUUACAAAAAGAAACUAAUAAAAGCAACUGUGUCCUUUGGGCCAAAUCAUAACGACACGGAACAAGCCAGGAUAAAUGGGAACUCUUAUUUUGACCAAGAAAUUUCUGAGCAAAAGGGACAGAAAAAAGUCAAUUUCAAGCGUGAAAAAGUCGAAAUCGCAACAUCCACGACCAAUGACAGUAAUGAUCAUCCUGGAGCGAGUCUUGACCCACCACACGAAGAAAACAUUCAAGGAACUGACUCGGACAAUGAAAUAUCGAUAAUAGAACCUACGUUACUCUGAGUACAUAAAGACGAAAAUAUGAAUCCAACUUCGCUAAGAUUGUCACCAGAUUCAUUUCCUGACUACGAUUAUUUACAAUUACAAUAUUAAUUUUUUACGCUUUUUGCAAUACAGAGAUUUAAUUUCAUCAGAAAAAAAUUAUAACGAUAUUAAUCAUUUUCUAGCUUCAAAUACUCUAAAAUUUUAAUUUCCAACCAAACUUAUUAACAAUGUAAAACUUUUUUUAACAUUUAUUUUGAAAACUUUUUAGACAAUUUAUAUAAUCAAAUAUUCUUUAUCAAUAAAAUUAAAGAGCUCAAAUAU